AUGGCAAAGAAAAAGAAAAGCAGCAAGAAACCGGUGGAGCCCGUUGCUCCACCUGACAACGUGCCAACGAAUGCUGCGGAACCAAUUCCUGAUGCGCCUGAAGCUCCAUUGACAGCAGAGGAAUCAGCCACAGAAGCAGAGUCCGGGGAGCAGUCCAUGCCAACCGCUUCCGAAGUGGAGCCCGACGAGGGUACGGUUCCCACGCUGGUGGACGAGUCCACAUCUGCACCCUCACAACACCCUGAGACCAUAGAGACUAUACCAGACGAGGCUGCAGAGGCACCGGCCACUGAGAUCAUACCUGCUGCAGAGCUAGAUCCACCUAUGGGGGAAGAGCAGGAAUCUGGGUCGCCAGCGGAUACUACCGAGGCCGUGGAGUCAGAGAUUGCCGGGCAAAGCGCUGAAGACAUGCAUCAUACUACAGCAGAAGAUGAAGAGUCAUCGGUUAUUUGGGUUGGAGACGCGCACGACCCAGAACCCGAUGCAGAGCAGCAAAAUACCCCCCAGGAACAGCAGCCCCUACAACUAGACGAAGAGUCCACACCCCAGCCAGACCCUGUUCCGACUCAAGAUUCUAUUGAACCAGCAGACACGCCGGUUGAAGACACGCUCCCGCCACAAGAAUCUACAGCGGAGCUAGCGCCUGAAGCAGAACCUGAAGCAAUUACUACCACCGCGGAAGAAGCUAUCGAAUCGAUAGACCAGAUGAAUGGCGGUCUUAAUGAGAACGGAGCUGAGCAAGAUCUGGCGGAGAUAGUCGAGGUACCAGAGGCACCAGGGGCACCAGAGGCACCAGAGAUAAUGGAAGCACCUGAAGUACCAGAGGCGCCGGAAGUGCCAGAGGCACCCGAGGCUCCAGACACACCCACAGUAGCAGAAGCUCCAGAGGCUCCAGAGGCACCUGAAGUGCCAGAAUUACUAGAGGUACCUGAAGCUCCCGAAGCUCCUGAAGCUCCCGAAGCUCCCGAAGCACCAGAGGUAUCGCAACCACCAGAAGCUGUCGAAGCGCCAGAAGUACCAGACGCACCCGAAGCACCCGAAGCACCCGAAGCACCUGAAGCACCAGGGGUACCAGAGGAACCAGAAGUCCUAGAAGCUCCAGAGGCUCCCGAAGUACCUGAGGUACCAGAAGCGCCUGAAGUACCAGAAGCACCGGAAGUACCAGAAGCACCGGAAGUAUCAGAAGCACCGGAAGUACCAGAAGCGCCAGAAGCACCAGAGGCCCCCGCUGCACCUCUGGCUCCAUCAGUCGUGUCAGCUGGGAGCGACGAGGACGACAUCAUCGAAGCUUUUACAGUCGAGGAUCUAUCAGCACCAGAACCAGAGCCUGAGGCCGUUCCUAUAGCAGUCGAACGGUCGGUGGACGUCGGGCUACCAGAUGCGCCUGUCGAAGGAAUAUCAGCACCAGAAGCCCCUGAGACAAUCACACAGCCUGAGUCUAUUCCCGAGACUUCGUCUACAGAUGCCCACAUUGAGCCGAUAGAAGAGCUCGUCGUACCUGUCCAAGACGAAGUACCAAGACAGCAUGCCGAACAAGAGCAAGAGCGGGUUGAGGCUGAAGCAGCGGCCGCUGCUGAGGCUCAAGAAUCUGCCUCGCUGGCGCAGGCCGCCCAAUCCCAGGAAGACGCACAGCGAGAGGAACUGAAGAGAUUAGAGCAAGAAGCAAUCGAGCACGAGAGGUUAGCGAAGGAGGCCGAGGCCAACAGACUGCUGGAGGAGCGACGCGCAAGAGAGGCCCAAGAAGAGCUGGAAGCUGCCGAAGCCGUGAAACGGGCUCUGGAAACCAUGAGAGCCAAGAAGGAAGAGCAGCAUAAGGAGACCGAGAGGCUCGAACAAGAGCGACUGGCCCGUGAAAGGCUCGAGCAAGAGAAGUUAGAGCAGAUUGUCGAAGCAAGGAAGCUUCUGGCAUUAAUGGAAGAAGAACGGAGGGCCGCAGAGAUCCAAGAAGAGGCCGAAGCCGCUGCAGCUGCCGAAAAGGCUCGGAAAGAGAAGGAAGAGGUCGAAGCUGCAGCUGCCGCCGAACGUGCUCGACAAGAGAAGGAAGAACUCCGGCAGGAACAAUUACGACGUGAGAGAGCCGAAGAGGCUCGAAUUGCUAGGAAAGCCCGAGCAGCUGCGGAUGUCCUUGCGGAAGAGCAGAGAGAGGAAGCAGAACGGUUGGAACGGCUGGCCCAGGACGAGUCACGUGAGCAAGCCGAGAUACCAUUCAUCGCACGUCGAUCCAUGAUCGAAUCAGCACGUGCUCCGUCACCUCCUUCGGGAGUACCUGACAUGCACGAUCGUUCUCCAGUAUCUGAUCGACCAUUUCGAUCGUAUCGAUCUUUCGCGCCACAUGCACCGAAGCUUAGAACACACGAAGCGGGUCCAAACCAUGCACCGAAGCCUUAUGCUGUGGCACAGCUCAUUGAGGACAACAGACCUGCCGCCCCGAGCCCGCCAAUGAGUAAAGCUCGACCAAGACACGCUCCCACCUUUGACAGCGACGACGAUUCAGAUUCUGCUCUAGUACAAAACAGGAUAGCGGAGGACCUGCUUCGUCGGCAAACUGCUGAGCAAGAGCAGAAACUCCGCGCAAAGGAUGGUGAGAUUGGUGAGCUGAAGCAGAAGAUUCGCAACUUGGAAGACAGGCAUUCAGCCGAGGCAACCAGACUACACUUUCAGAUCGGGAAUCUGGAAGAGCAAGUCAGAGAGCUCCGAGAGCUGAUCGCUGAAACCAAGAAAGCUAGAAGAGACGCCGAAGAGACCAAGUUGGUACUGGAUGCAGCCAUGAGGUCGUGGGAGGACAGGUACAAAGAGCUGGAAGAUGUGCAUCGCACGCUGGAGAGGACCUCUGCUGAGGAGAGGGAAAGAGCAUGGAGGGAUUUCGACGAAUGGAAGGAGGCCACGAAUACGAAACACGACGCGGAGAAGAUCGCCCUUGCUAUCCAAUUCGACAAGAAGCUGAAGCAAGCUGGGCAAGAUGCUGCCGAGGCAGCUGAGCUCAGGGCUCAGCUUCAAGCAGCCCUUGACCGAGAGCAAGAACUCAUCAGGGAGCGCGACGACCUACAGAAGAUGCGAGAAGACUCGGAUAGGCGGGCUGGGGAAGAAGCAGCGAGAGCCGAUCAACUGGCGAGAGAGAAGGACGAACUGAUGAACUCAUUCGACCAACUCAGAGCCGAGAGUCAGAGGGAGAAAGAGGUCAUCAGAAGCGUUGCCAGUAAUCUCGAGUCGGAGAAAUCCAGACUUGAGAAAAUGAUGGAAUGCUAUGGUGACAUCGCCGAGAUCAAGAGCAAGGGCGACAACUACUAG